CGACGUCACUUCCUGUGUUCCGCGGCGAAGUUGCUCUUACUGUCGUAAAGUAGUGAAGUUGGUGUUGCUUGUUUUCCAGUGCUGAAAGCUGUUUGGGAAAGUGUCACUGUCCCUGCAUCCUCCAGUGACUGAUGCUUUUGGCAAACCAGUUAUUCGAGUUCUAUUCUUUUUCAAAAGCCUGUGUUCCCGUACGGUGGCCGACGAGGUCGGCGCGGCGGAAGUGCCCAGCGAGUGGGUGUGCGCGCCGCGCCUGGCCCCGGUGCACGUGGCGCCGAGCGUGCUGAGCAAAGCCCCGAGAUGUCGUUUCGAGGCGGAGGUCGUGGAGGCUUUAAUCGGGGCGGCGGCUUCAACCGUGGCGGCGGCGGCGGCGGCGGCGGCAGCAGCAACCAUUUCCGCGGUGGAGGCGGCGGCGGGUUCCGAGGCGGCGGCGGCGGCAGAGGAGGAUUUGGUCGAGGGGGCGGCCGCGGAGGCUUCAACAGGGGCCAGGACCAAGGACCCCCGGAGCAAGUAGUCUUAUUAGGAGAAUUCCUGCAUCCCUGUGAAGAUGACAUAGUUUGUAAAUGUACCACAGAUGAAAAUAAGGUGCCUUAUUUCAAUGCUCCUGUUUUCUUAGAAAAUAAAGAGCAAAUAGGAAAAGUGGAUGAAAUAUUUGGACAACUUAGAGAUUUUUACUUUUCAGUUAAAUUGUCAGAAAACAUGAAGGCAUCUUCCUUUAAAAAACUACAGAAGUUUUACAUAGAUCCUUAUAAGCUGCUACCACUGCAGAGGUUUUUACCUCGGCCGCCAGGUGAGAAAGGACCUCCGAGAGGUGGUGGCAGGGGAGGCCGAGGUGGAGGCCGAGGCGGAGGCCGAGGCGGAGGAGGCAGAGGUGGUGGAAGAGGAGGUGGAUUUAGAGGUGGAAGAGGAGGUGGAGGUGGAGGCUUCAGAGGAGCGAGAGGUGGUGGAUUCCGAGGGAGAGGGCAUUAGCUGUGCCCACUUCUGCAGGGACUUCUGCGGUACCCGAGUGGUCUCCAUGGUGCAUCCAAGCUGCGCAUCUGGAACAGGUGUCCAGGUGUGGCUGCCAGCCACAGUGGGGCUGAAGUGUCGGUGUCCUGCAGCAGCGGAGGGCAGGAGAGUCACUCUUGCUCUGGAAGAGCAAGAACAAGGCUGAUCCUUUGUGCCUGGCACUCUGGGUGCUCAAUACUCAGACAGGAGCUGUCAUUGGAAUCCUGUUUCAAUUUUUUUAAAAUAAAAUGUUUUAUUCC